UGCAUGCCGGGAGCCCGCGGCCGCCUGCCAGGGUGACCGGCCCGGGAGCCCGGUGCUGCUCCCGUGCUGCUAGCAGCACGCGGCUCGGAACCUACCGCAGCUUCGCCUCGCCUGGGGUCUGGGGCUGCUGGAGAGGGUCCCUUUUUUCUUUUUUCUUUUGUCGCACACGCUUUCCGCGAGACGAGGAGCGUUUCGGUGCUUGGCGUUGUAGAAGGUGGUCGUUAAAGGCCCGAGGCAUCGUGGCAGUGAGGCUGAGCCAGAUGGAGUGGUUGCAUGCCUAUAAUCCCUGCACCUGGAGGUUGACGUUGGUAGGAUUGCAGCCUGGACCGUAUAGCAAGAGUCUAUGGAGAAUGUAAGGGGAGCUGUUUCUGUGUGGUUAUGAGUGUACCAGUCAAGGCCUGGAAGCAGGCUUUCCAGAGAAGGAAACAAGACGAGAGAAGUUGGGUCCCUUGUGAAGCUGUAGCCAGAAAAGGUUCAGACCUAGGCGAGGCUGACUUCCACAAAUUAAUCAUCCCUCUCUACCUGCCAACAUCCCGUGUUAGAAGAGUUUGUGGCUGGAGGUGUGACCGUGGGAGAGCUGGCCGGGGAGGGACCCUGCCCAGUCGCUGCUCUGCUCCUGUCUCUUGUCCCCUCCCCUGGCCAUGACAGAGACCCGUGAGCCCACUGAGACUGGAGGCUACGCCAGCUUGGAGGAGGAUGAUGAAGACCUUUCCCCAGGCCCGGAGCAUUCUUCUGACUCUGAAUACACUCUUUCAGAGCCCGACUCUGAGGAGGAGGAAGAGGAAGAGGAGGAAGAGGAGACCACUGACGACCCCGAAUAUGACCCUGGCUAUAAGGUGAAGCAGCGCAUAGGUGGGGGCAGGGGGGGCCCGUCCCGCCGGGCCCCCCGAGCAGCCCAGCCUGCUGGUCCACCUGCACAGCCCUGCCAGCUCUGUGGCCGGUCACCACUGGCAGAGGCCCCGCCGGGUGCCCCGCCCUGCCGACUCUGCUGCCCGACCACAGCAACCCAGGAAGCCCCAGCCCCUGAAGGCAGGGCUCUUGGUGAGGAAGAGGAGGAGCCGUCUCGUACUGGGGAGAGCCGGCCAGCAGGGCGGGAUGGAGAUGAAGACGAGGAGGAGGGGGGUACCUACCACUGUACGGAGUGUGAGGACUCCUUUGACAACCUCGGGGAGCUGCAUGGUCACUUCAUGCUGCAUGCCCGGGGUGAGGUUUAGCCAGGGCCCCCAGGGAGCUGGUGAGGGGGGUGGGAGCAGGGGCUGAGGAAGCUGGAGUGGGGCUGGGUUCUCACCCAUCUGUGUUGUCUUAGCAGUCAUGUGUGAAGGGCAGAAUAAAAGCUGGAUUCCGUGUGUGCUGA